AUGUUAGCUUUGAGCCACUUCAACUGCUCAGCCAUCCCGCUCCUCCCUCAAAUCUCUAAUGACUGUGGAGAAAAGGUGGAGGCCAGGGUGGCUGUUGAAGAGCUGACCCAAUAUGGAAACCUCACCCUGUUGCAGCCCACUACCAGUGGUGUUAUUGUGGUCAUCUUGUCCAUGACACUGGGCAUCAUCUCCAACAUCGUGGCUCUCUUCAUCCUGGUCAAUGCCUACUCACUACAGCGGCGGCGCACCAAAGCCACAUUUCUUCUGUUUGCAACCUCCCUGGUGGUCACAGACUUCAUUGGUCACCUGGUUCCUGGUGCCCUUGUUUUAAGGUUGUACCUCUCUGGAGGUGUGCACCCCGAUGACUUCAACUCCUCUGACAGUAUGUGUGAGUUCCUGGGUGGAAGUAUGGUGUUCUUUGGCCUCUGUCCUCUCUUCAUGGGCUGCGCCAUGGCUGCUGAGCGCUGCCUGGGAGUCACUAGGCCGCUGCUGCACUCAUCCCUGGUCACCAAAACCCGCACAAAGAUCUGCUUGUCUGUCAUCUGGCUGGCAGCUCUGUGUGUGGCCCUGCUCCCCUGCUUGAAGCUGGGCUCUUACACCUAUCAGGACCCGGGGACCUGGUGUUUUAUCAAAGUGCUCAGUGACACUGCAGAGGUGGAUGUGGCGUUCAUGGCUCUGUUCUCUGGACUAGGUCUGACCUCGCUUACUGUGUCCUUGGUGUGUAACACCAUCAGCGGACUGAAACUGGUGCUCACUCGGCUCAGGAGGAAGCCAGGCUCACAUCACUCAGCCAAGUCCCAUGAUAUUGAGAUGGUGGUGCAGCUGGUCGGCAUCAUGGUCACUUCAUGUAUCUGUUGGAGCCCUCUGCUGGUGAGUAAGAGGAAGUACAAGAAGGAGGCACUAGAAAUUCAUGUCAAAUAGCCGACAGAUUCAGAGAUAGGACACUCCGAUUCUGGAACCAACCUUUUCUUCAACCGAUGGGGAGGAAAUGAGGACUAAUAAUAAUAAUAAUAAUGCAUCAGAUUUCAUAUAGCCCUGUCACACCCUGGUGGUGGUAAACUACCUUGGUAGUCACAGCUGUCCUGGGGCAGACUGAUGGAAGUGUGUUUGCUGGUUUGUGGCUACAGCCUCUCCGACCACCACCACAUCACACUCACAUUCAUACACCAGUGGAGAACACACACCGGGACCAAGGUGGGUUUAAGUGUCAUGCCCAAGGGCACAACAGACUUGGUAUAGGUGGGGAAUCGAACAGCCAACCUUUCAGUUAUGGGGCGAGCGCUCUACCUCCUGAGCUACUGUCGCCGUAGAGCUACAAAUUUGUUUGGAGGUCUUGACAAAGCCCUGUGGCUCCUAAACUAUUUCUGAAGUGGACAAUAAUAUUUUCAAAAGUUUUUAAAAUCUUUACUUUACACAUUGACACAUGAGCAUGUGUCAGUUAUACACUAAAACACACAAUCAGACACAUCCCUCAGGCAGUAUUUUUAUUAAACCUUGCCAUGCCAUAACUGAGAUGACAGAUAUAUGCCAAUAAAAACACCAUGUCCUAUCUCUCCUGAACUGAAACACAAUAAAUUGUGUUUCAGUUCAGGAGAGAUAGGACACUCAGAUCCUGGAACCAACCUUUUCUUUAACCAAAGAAACUAAUGGGAAUGAGGACUGUUGUCUGCCUGUGAAAUUCAGAGUUAUUGUGUACAGCUUAUACCCAUACAGAAGAGAUUUCAUAGCCAGCUUUUUGACAGAGCUCUCAACCACCUUGAUCAGACACACAACUUUAAGUUGUCUCUUCAAUGUAGAGUAUUUUAAUUGAUGGCUGGAUUUGCAGAGGAGCUUGAGGUGGGGUUGAUAAUGGGUAUUACUGUGUAAAUCUAGUUUUUCUUAAACUGAAUCAAUCUUAAAUCUCUCUAGAACGUACUCACCUUUCUCAGUUUUAUCUGCAAGGAUUAAAUUAAGCAUUACCUUCCUUUGCUUGACAAUAAAGCUCAUUUUAAGUAAGGUUAUUUGACAACACUAGCCUUAUCUGGGCUGUACAAAGUCCUUAAAAAGAAGCUAAUGAAGGACAUCUAUUUGUUGUGUUUUCUGUCUGCAGAUCUUUGGCCUGAUGUCUGUGAUCCGUUCUUACACAGGAUCCAUAGGUGAGGACCUCUCCAGCUAUAAAACUCUGAUGGUGUUGGGUGUGCGGUUAGCCACCUGGAACCAGAUCCUCGACCCCUGGGUCUACAUUCUACUUCGUCGCACCGUUCUCCGCAAGAUCUACCUCAUUACCAAGUGUCAGGCUAGCCUUAGAACUAAUACGGUAGGCCGAUGGGAUCAGUCUUUCCCGAGCUUAAAGAAGAAUCAAGUUGACGAAGUCUGAACUGAGAGAGUGAGUUAAGAUUAGAUAAGAUGUUCCUUUUAAGGUCCCAAUGGGGGGAAAUUCCAGAAAGUGGUGGUUAAACAACUGUCAGGAGUGGGAUUUGAACCCACGCCUCCAUCUGGAGACCAGAAAUCCCUUUGAUUAGGAAGGACCUAUUCCUUGAGUCUGGCGCCUUAGACCGCUCGGCCAUCCUGACUGACAGGUUGGGG